AUGGGCGACAAUAAGAAACCCCUCCUCUCCUCACUCCUCCUCGCCCCCCACCCACCCCUCCCUCCUCCUCUCCUCCUCCCUCCGACACCACUCCUGCCCGCGGAGCCGCCCGCCGCCCGCCGGCCGCGAAGACACGACAGGCGAACGACGACUUCCUCCCGCCCAGCAGUGCCGAACCGCCAGCGUUGUCACGCUAGCCGCGUCCUCAUCGGCGCGCAGUUAUCGCCAUCGGCCGUCAUCAUCUACCGUCGUCAUCGCGUGAUCGGCUUCAGCCGCCCCUCCGCCCUUAGUCAAAAACCGCCCACCACCCCACGGUCGACGCCCUCUACUUCUCACUCUCCCCCUCGCACCGUGGGCUACGGCGACGCCCACCCCACAGGCGGUCGGCACUCCUCUUCAAGGUCCCUCUCCGUCCGCCUUCACGCCUCCUCGUACCCUCCUCAACCUCAUCUCGUCGCCGUCACCGUCCCGCGGCCGCCGCGAAGAUCUCGCACAGUGGCUCCGCCGCCGCUAACAAGGGGUCCUGAUCGCCGCGCGGCGAUCCUCCUCCCCGUCGCCGCGGGGGCCCUCGUUUUCCACUUAGUGGAGACGCAGGGGUGGGUCGACUCCGUCUACAUGUCGGUGAUCUCGGUCACGACCGUCGGGUACGGCGACGAAGUGUUCAAGACGCGGCCGGGGCGGGCCUUCGCGUCGGUGUGGCUGCUCAUCGGCACGCUUUCGGUCACGCACUCGUUCAACUUCCUUGUCGAUAAGCUGCUCGACUGGUGGACCCCGAGGACCAACUUCGUCACGUCAUUACAUCGAUUAAGGCAAACAAUAGGAAAAAAAAGGAACAGGAGAAAGAACUAUAAUGUUCUUGUCGAGAUUAGAUUGGCGGCAUUUGGUCAGAUGAAGAAUCUUGGCGAUGAGUAG